AUGGGCCAAGGUUACUCCCUCACUACCCUGUCCGCGGGGUCGGCAGGGAUCGAUGUGCCCGAGCUUUCGGACCUGGUGUAUGAGAAGUCCAUGGGUGGGGGCCGUUUCAUGAAGAGCAUCCGCGCGCGACAACAGAAUGGCCUGGUCUUCGUUAAGGUCAUUAUGAAACCGUACCCGUCGAUGCAGCUGGAGCAGUAUGUGAAGUCAAUAAUCAGGGAACGCAAGCUCCUGUCAGACGUGCCCAAUGCAUUGAGCUACGAGAGGAUCCUGGAGACUAGUACCAGUGGUUAUCUAGUCCGCCAGUAUAUCCACAGCUCUUUGUAUGAUCGGAUGAGCACUCGACCGUUUCUAGAGGAAAUUGAAAAGAAAUGGAUUGCAUUCCAACUUUUAAGUGCACUGCGCGACUGCCAUUCCCUGGACAUCUUCCAUGGUGAUAUCAAGACCGAAAACGUGCUUGUCACGUCAUGGAACUGGCUAUAUCUCUCCGACUUUUCUUCGUCAUUCAAGCCAACCUUUCUACCAGAAGAUAAUCCAGCCGAUUUUUCUUUCUAUUUCGAUACUUCAGGUCGACGAACGUGCUACUUGGCGCCAGAGCGAUUUCUUGAAGCCGGGGAAGAGCCGGGAAACCGACAUGUCAACUGGGCGAUGGAUAUCUUCAGCGCCGGGUGCGUAAUUGCAGAACUCUUCCUAGAGUCACCGAUUUUCACGCUUAGUCAGAUGUACAAGUAUCGCAAGGGUGAAUACAGUCCGGAGCAUAGUCAGUUGGCGAAGAUUGAUGACCCGGAGAUUCGGGAGCUGAUCUUGCACAUGAUUCAGCUGGAUCCAGAAUCUCGAUACUCGGCUGAGGAGUACUUGAAUUUCUGGAAGAAAAAAGCUUUCCCCGAGUACUUUUACAGCUUUCUUCAUCAAUACAUGUCCCUCAUGACGGAUCCAUCAUCGGGGAGAACGAAGGUGGAUGCUGAAUCUACAAACCGAGGUGAAACGGACGAGAGAAUUGAGCGAGUCUGUUUCGACUUUGACAAGAUAUCUUAUUUCCUUGGAUCAAUAUCUCGAGGCUCUCGAGAAGCAUCUACGGUUGCUGACUCUCGACUCACUGGGGACAUUCUUCCGGUGAAACUCGACCUACCCAACGAAGGAAAUCAAACCUCCGGGCCGUCCUCGCAGUCAGACGAUGGCGUUUUGAUAUUUUUGACAUUGGUUGUAUCCAAUCUUCGGACCACAGCCAAAGCUUCGGCUCGAAUGAAAGCCUGCGAUAUCCUUUUGGCCUUUGCAGAACGGUUAUCAGACGAGGCAAAGCUCGAUCGUGUCCUCCCUUACAUCAUGAUCUUGUUAACGGACCGGACAGAUGCCAUUAAGGUCGCCGCCAUUCGUACGCUAACCCAAUUGUUGGAAAUGGUUCACGUCGUUUCUCCGCUUAACGCUUAUCUGUUCCCUGAGUACAUUUUCCCCAGGCUUCAAUCAUUUAUCAUCUCGUCUAAACACAAUCCGAGCCCCUUGGUUCGUGCGGCAUAUGCUUCGUGCAUCGCAUCCCUGGCACAGUCAUCGCUCAGGUUCUUGGACAUGAUCCAAGCAUUACGUUCUGAUUCGCGCUUGACGGCGCUAAUUCCCGCCGGUUUGGAACCGCAAUGGACUGAGGAUGCUACAUAUCGUACUCUUUACGAUAUUGCUAAGGGUGAUCUACUGGCGUAUUUUGAAGUUCACACCAAAGCUCUUCUCACAGACACGGAUACGUCCGUUCGUCGAGCAUUUCUAGGAUCCGUGUCCAGUCUUUGUGUGUUUUUCGGCAACAUCAAAUCAAACGAGGUUAUCCUGAGUCAUUUGAACACAUACUUGAAUGAUCGUGACUGGAUAUUGAAGUGCGCUUUCUUCGAAGCUGUGGUUGGUGUCGCUGCCUACGUCGGAAGCAUCAGCCUGGAGCAGUACAUUCUUCCUUUAAUGCUCCAAUCUAUGACUGAGCCCGAAGAAUUUGUUGUGGAAAAGGUGAUUCGCUCUCUUGCAGCCAUGGCUGAUCUUGGACUGUUCCAACGGUCCACGACUUGGGAUCUACUUCACAUCACUGUCAGCUUCUUAGCACACCCAAACAUCUGGAUCAGGGAGGCUACUGUGAAUCUUGUGGUGAAGGCUACCAAGUUCAUGUCAAAAGCAGACAUUUUUUCGAUUCUGACGCCUCUUAUCCGGCCUUUCCUCAAAUUUAAGAUCAUCAACUUUUCCGAGGCGGAUCUUCUAGACGCCCUUAAACGGCCAAUGCCCAGAAAAAUCUAUGACAUGGCUUUUCUUUGGGCAUCAAAAGCUGACAAGGGACUCUUUUGGGAUCCAUCGAGCUCCCAGGGAGCAUUCAGCCUCCCGGAGCCCGGUAGUUAUAGUGCUCGCAUGGGACGAACUCCCACGUGCCUACUGGCCACUCAGAAGAACGACGAAGACGAGCAAUGGCUCUCCAAGCUGCGGAAUCUCGGCAUGAGUCCAGAAGAUGAACUAAAGCUUUUUGCACUUCGUGACUACAUUUCUGGAGUCUCGCUGCGUCAAUCACGAGAUCUCGAUACUGAUUCAUCUAUGCCGUUCAAUGAUAUCAUCAGCCUAUCGCAGCAUGGGGUUACGCCUCAAACAGUUUUCUUCGACAAAAAUCUCAACGAAAGGCCGCGAGAUUCUCCUGUACAUCGGGCUGAAGGUCGUCUUGUCUCCGAUGAUAAUAAACCGAAAACAAUCGCGGAUGCAUUGCUCGACGCCUCCACAACAAUCGAGCGAGGUCCAGGCGCUCAUCGUAAACAUGUCAAAGCCAGAAGCCAACUUCACAAAGAAUUGGAAAUCCCACGUCCAGGCCGCCUUGAUCACAUAGGGGUCGAUUCUUCGUCUGCAUCUCCUGCUGCAUCGUCUCCUGCUGGUCCUGGAUCUCGCCCAAUCUCUCCCCGGAGCUCUGAUGUUGAUCACGAUCUUAGUCGUCGCUUGAGCUCCGGUCAAGAGAGCUUGUCAACAACUCCUACCAAUACCGAGAAUCAUUCUCUCAGAGGCGACCAAGUCCAUCGAAAGUCAAGCGCAAUCAACCUUCUCGGUCGCAAUGAGCCCACCAAAACCUACGCGGAAACCAGCACAAGCUCGGCGAAUGCGUUUGGAAAGGUAGAUGCACCCAUGCAUCGCGCAGGGAUUCCUCAACCCUCGCCUCUCUCCCAGGCGUACGAAUGCAAGUCGGUCCAGGCAUCCGCGCGGCGAUAUCAUACGAAUCACUCCUACGCAGGCGAUGAUCCCGCGGUCUUGCAGCUACUAGAUAAUGUAUUUGCAGAGAACUACCCGACCGACCUGUUUGACUUGGGUCCAUAUGUCAAGGAGUUGGAUCCUCGACUGCCAAUUCGUCAACCCAGCAACCAAGACCCCACGAAGAUGUGGAGACCGGAGGGACAUCUAGUAGCCACCUUUGGUGAGCAUAGCGGCCCAGUGAACCGUAUCGCGAUCUGGGAUACGACUCGACUUGAGCGAAAUUUGACUCCUCGCUCUCGCCAGACCCAUCGUCAUGCAUCUGGAGCCCGGGUGAAGGCAUUGACGUUUGUCGAGAAUACCUACACGUUCGUCAGCGGUGCUACCGACGGGAGCAUUCAUGCAGUCCGAGUUGACUACCAGAAGGUCAAUGAAACUGCCCGGUAUGGAAAACUUCAAAUUGUGAGAGAAUAUCACCUUCCGACUGCCGAGAACGGAUUGCCCGAAUAUGCUGUCUGGAUGGAGCACUUCCGGGAUGAGGGCCAGUCAACGCUUCUGGUUGCCACCAAUACCUGCCGAAUCAUCGCGCUGGACAUGAAAACCAUGCUGCCCAUUUACACUCUUGAAAACCCAGUCCAUCACGGAACUCCAACCACCUUUUGCUGUGACCGGCGCCACACGUGGCUGCUAGUGGGCACGACUCAUGGAAUCAUGGAUCUAUGGGAUCUCCGUUUCCGUGUACGAUUGAGGGCAUGGGGCCUUCCAGGCUGGGGAUAUGUCCAUCGAAUUCAGCUGCACCCGCUAAAGCCGAGAGGACGCUGGGUCUGCGUGUCCAGUGGCGGCUCUCGCGGGAAUCAAAUCACCGCGUGGGAUAUUGAGAAAUUCCGCUGUCGCGAAGUCUACCAGAUGGCACCACUGAGUCUCAACGACGUCACGUCUGGUGCUGCGCAUCGGGGCUCCGCCCGGCCCGCUGCUCCCCGUGGACCACGUCUCAAUGUCAAGGAUUUCGAGGCAUGGUCCGUCGAUGAUGAUCGACCAGAGGGUAUGCUUCGGCGAUUCGCCAACGCUCCCGCUGCGGCGGGAAUGGGUGCUGCCCCGGACAGCAACGGCUCCGCGUCUGCCAACUACUCAUCCGGUGAUCAGCUCGGGACUUGGGCAUUUGCCGCUGGCCUCAACCCCCCCGACGACGAUAAAGCGAACAGCAGCAAAUGCGGGUUCAUCAUCUCGGCGGGAAGCGACCGAAAAAUUCGAUUCUGGGACCUUGCCCGCCCCGAGGCCAGUAUGAUCGUCACUGGUGGAGACUCAACAGGCAAGCCGACCUACGAAAUGGCAUCCAUCGCAGCCAACAUCCAAGUCACCCUGGAACACCAGCCUUCGACUCCAGCCACCACGGGCCACUCCAAAAAGGGUACCAGCCCCCGGCCCCCUCGCAGUACUGUCAUUAGUCUUCAGCAGCAACAGCUUUUGAAGAGUCAUUUGGAUAUCAUUCAAGACGUGGUGGUGCUGCGGCAGCCUUACGGGAUGAUUGUGAGCGUUGACCGAGCGGGCAUGGUCUACGUUUUUCGGUAA